GGAUUAAAAAAGACCUGUUAGUAUGUUUUGCAGUCACUGGUAAGUAGAUUUUGUUCAGAGCAAGGGUAGCUAGUUCCCUCUGUUUCCAGUCUUUAAGCUAAGCUAACCCCCUGCUGGCCAUGGCUUCAGAUUUACCAUACAGAUAUAUUUGGGUAAGGCAGUAGAUCUGAUUCCUCUGUGGAACAUUUCAGAAAUUGGGAAUAUCUUCCACUCAUCUAAUUUCCUUUUUCAGUAAAAUAAUUUGUGCUUGGUUUUAAAUUGAAUCACACUGGUGAGCAUUAAUUGGGUGUUGAUAUACUCUACACUUCUCACAUUUUAGCGUUUCAGGUGUUUUCGCUCCCAAACUCUACAGGUAGGAUCCUUUUUUAAGAAACUUAAAGUUCAGGAAAUCUUGUAAUAUGUCAUGUCAGGUUUAAACAGAGUAGAUCGUUAUAUGCAAACUUGCCUUUACAUUUCUGGAAAUGGUUAAAAUGUGUGCUUCAGUCCAUUUAAAAUAUGGGACCAAAGGCUUUUGAUUCAGGCCACAAAGCAAUUUUUCAAACCUGGUCGCUUUCAUUAACAGCUUUCUCCUCCUACUCAUUCAUAGUUAGCAGGAAUCAGGACAAGCAGGAAAUUUGAUCUGCAAACUAGCAGAGUCCCCUCCCUGUUGCUCUUCCUUCUCAUACCUGCAGCACAAAACAGCAAAAUGCAACCAGCAGUGUUUACGGGCAACGGAAGGCUUGUGAUCAAAAUGAUCUUCAGCUCAAAUGAAGGUGGAUUUUGGUCUGGUCAUUUUUAAAUACAUGCCUGGGAUUUUAUUCUCGGCAACAUGCGGACUCAGCUUGUUGGUUUGUGUUUGGCAAUCCUCGGCUUUCUUGGCACCAUCCUUAUCUGCGGGCUGCCCAUGUGGAAGGUGACAGCCUUUGUUGGCGCAAACAUCAUCACCUCUCAGGUCUUCUGGGAAGGUUUAUGGAUGAACUGUGUGAUCCAGAGCACCGGACACUUGCAGUGUAAAGCCUUUGACUCCAUUCUGGCUUUACCACAGGACCUGCAGGCCGCCAGGGCUCUGAUCUGCGUCUCCAUCGCUGUCAGCGUGGUGGCCAUCGGGCUCACUGUGGUCGGGGCCCGCUGCACCAACUUCUUUCAUGACGACUGGCUGACAAAAGCCAACAUUGGCCUGGCUGGAGGUGUGGUGUUCAUAAUAGCAGGGCUCCUGUGUAUAAUUCCUGUCAGCUGGUCAGCUCACAGCAUCAUCACAGGUUUCUACAACCCACUUGCCACCAGUGAGAGGAGGGGAGAGCUCGGGGCUUCCAUAUAUGUGGGCUGGGUGUCCGGAGCGCUGCUCGUCAUUGGAGGAGGGAUGUUGUGCAGCACCUACAGGUGCUGAGGCAGAGAAGAAG